UUAUGAUGGGACCUCUGAUUUGGCCACAGUGGAGUCCUAUGAUCCUGUCACAAAUUCCUGGCAACCUGAGGUGUCCAUGGGCACCAGGAGGAGCUGCCUGGGUGUAGCAGCACUUCAUGGGCUUCUCUAUGCUGCUGGGGGGUACGACGGGGCCUCGUGCCUGAACAGCGCGGAGCGCUUCGACCCCCUGACGGGCACCUGGACCUCCAUCGCCGCCAUGAGCACCAGGAGACGCUACGUCCGGGUGGCAACGCUAGAAGGCAACCUCUAUGCCGUGGGGGGAUAUGACAGCUCAUCCCACUUGGCCACAGUAGAAAAGUAUGAGCCCCAGAUCAACACCUGGACGCCCAUUGCCAACAUGCUGAGCCGCCGGAGCAGCGCCGGCGUGGCCGUGCUGGAGGGGAUGCUCUACGUGGCUGGUGGCAACGAUGGCACCAGCUGCCUUAACUCUGUGGAGCGCUACAACCCCAAAACCAACACGUGGGAGAGCGUGGCACCCAUGAACAUCCGCAGGAGCACCCACGACCUGGUGGCCAUGGAUGGGUGGCUGUAUGCAGUGGGUGGCAACGACGGGAGCUCCAGCCUCAACUCCAUCGAGAAGUACAACCCUCGUACCAACAAGUGGGUGGCAGCCUCCUGCAUGUUCACACGCCGCAGCAGCGUGGGGGUGGCCGUGCUGGAACUCCUCAACUUCCCACCCCCUUCCUCGCCCACUCUGUCGGUGUCUUCGACGAGCCUUUGA